GCAUUUUUCACCACCACAUUCAUUGCCCUCAAUUGCUCUGUUAUGCGUUGCUUGCAAGUGCUCUCAUUCUAGUUCUCUGCUUUUUUUCUACUUGCGACAAUUCAUCUUUGCCAUUGAGUUCUUGCGCGCGGAAAGUCCAGCCUCGCGUUUGCACCACCCCAACGCCCUCGAAGCUUAUCUGUACGACGAACGCGUCCAAUUUGAUGCCACGACUGCCUCGACGGGCAUCCGCAGAUUUCAUAGCAUAGAUACCACUCUAACCUCAGCAUGUGCCAACCUUGAUUCGCCUUCAAUUGCUCUCUCUGUGCCGAGUUGCCCGUCUCGUACCCCACUAGGCUGACCCCCACGAAAGUGCACUUACUUCCCUUCUCCGCCAGAGAUAUUCCAGUCUCGAGUUCUUUGAUCCUUCAAGACGAACGAAAAUAUCGUCUUCAGAGUUCACAUACCGAUUCUAUCUAUGCUGUGGUAAUAUAUUCACUCUAUUCUGUUAUUAUAUUCACCUCGUCUGACCGAACCUCUAGAUUCAGGACCGUUACAACAAGAGUAGCGAUCCCCCGUCCUCCCCUGAAAAGAAACCCCUGCAAGAGCUUCCCGGCUGCUCAAUACGAACGUAUCUUCUUCGGGGAGCAGACUUGAUAUCCUACCCAUCCUCUCCAUAACAUCGAAUGUCCACGUACAAUUAACUGGCAGUUCUCAUAUGAAAACUCCCAUCAUGGAGCACUAUGCUUCAGUUGCCUCGCCGUCACUCCCGGGCAGAAAUACGAAGAAUCGACUGGGAAAGUCACCCUAGUUGAGAUCACGAUCAUUCUUGAUGACCUGUCAAGGACUUGGGAUCUACGAUUAGAGAUGCCUCCAGCGGGCGAAUCGCCAAGGAAAAGACAUGCAAGGGUGCAGACAGUGGAGGAGAAAAACGCUGAUGAAUGCGUCGAACUGAUAAAGUUCAUUGGAUUCAAACGACGUCAUGAAGAGGUAAUUAAGAACUUUAACGAUAAUGCCAUGUUGUUAUGGUCAGGGUGGAGACAUAAACCCAACGCCGACAAAGAUGUCAUCCCCAGGGCCACGCGAAAUAGGGAGCAUCCCUUGACGAAAGGGGAACGGAAAGAAAUGAUUGAACUUCUUUUGGAUCACCUGAGACCCUGUGCGGCUGAAUUGAAAGAGAGGAUGAGGACUCCGAAGCGUGCAAGAAGACCUUCAGUAGAAAGCUCCCCUUUCAGGGACGAUCCAAUUCCAUUUCCUUUGUCGACACCAGACUCUAAACGAGCUCGAGAAGAACCGGUUUAUGAUGCCGAAAAUUCAUCCAAGAAGUCCAAGUACCCAGAACAGAGACCCUUCCUACUCUCUAAAUCUAACUCCAAUGCAAUGUUACCGCCGGCUUGGAGGCAGACAUCUUUCAAGGGGCCCGGCGGUUAUAAAAGUGCGAAUACAAGUUUUGAGUCGACGACCGAUUCAAUUUUCUCGGUAGACGUAAACCAAUAUUUUGGUUAUCCGAAACUUCCCGAUCCCAAGGAAACAGUCACGGAUCUUGGACAUGAGCCUUCUCAGAACGAGAAGAACUUACCAAUAGCCGCCUCAAAUCAAAGCUCUGAUUAUGGAGCUGGAAGCAGCUUCGAGGCGGCCUUGAAUAAUGCCAAAGACGUGAACGCUCUUAUACUGGGAACUCAUCUUGACAUGAAGCACUUGGAAGGCAGCCUUUCUAGCCAAUUUGAUGAUAUAGGUAUCCAGAACACCGAAGUGUUAAUGGACGAAGACAUGUUGCAAGAAAGAUUAGAAAUGGUGUUUCGUGAGGAAGUUCCAUGUCCGUAACAAAGGUCAUUUCGCUAAUUAUGGUCACUAGCAAAACUUCCGCCUUCUUUGGAAAAUGCGCCAGUGCACGUGAUUUGCGAGAUUGCUGGUGUUUUCUGUCACGUUGGAGUGUCAAUGUCCGAAGUAGAUUUCCCGGCUUCCUCUACUCUGUCUGACUAUGCCACUCUAUGGAAAUUCCUUAAGCAGCUUUCUGCUUUGCAAGGCAAGACCUUUCCUGAGCGAAGUGAAACAGCCGCUUGGGAAGCCGCUGACACUAGGUAUACUUGUAAAGGAUCUGGUGUUGUGUUUGGUGGAUCUUUGAAAUACAAUCACCUAAGCGAAACAGGUCCGUUCUAUCAACUUGCUCUUAAACCGAUGACCCUCGAUAGGCGUCAUCGACUUGGCAGGAAACUGGGUGACGAUCGCUUCCUCGAACUUGAUAUGCCUCAUUUAAAAGGAAAUGGAGUCCCCGAAAUUAUUCAGGGCGAACGAGGCCAAGCGAUAGUUAUGAACUGGUUGGUGAACGGGCCCCACUGGCUUUUUGGCAGAUCUUGGAAGCCGUUCCAUUGCAAACCUAAAAAGUCUAAAAGCAGGCAAGAGAAGAAUAAGGACAAGAAGGAAAAGAUGAGUGAGGUAUCGCUCAUGUAUUUUUUCGCCGUAAGAGGAAAUGGAAUCUUACCUCGUGGGGCAUCGCGAGAUGAAGGUGCUCAUCAAACUAUUGAGAUAGCACAAUUGUUGGAUCGAUAUGUCAGAAUUACUCGUAAAAAUGAGCACCAAUCUUAUCUGAAGCUGUUUUCUCGAACUUCAUUGGGUACGUCAUUCUUCAUCUUUCUGAAUCAGUAAUCUAAAUAACAAACAGCGUUGUCUCGAAACACACCAACUGUCGUGUUUGAUGCUUCUCAGAUUAGAUACAAGAAAGAUAUUGAAUUUGCGGCUGAAAACUUGAUCGACGGAGCAGGCCGAAUUUCAUAUGCAGCAGCUCUUGAAGUGAUGAAGCACCUGGGUCUCACUUACCCUGCCGGCGGCUUUCAGGGUCGCAUCGGAGAGGCGAAAGAAUUUUGGACCGUAGACCAUAAGUCCAAGUCUGGGGACAUAUGGAUAGAAGUGUAUGAUUCACAAGCCAAAUGGACCCGGACUAGAUCCAAGUCUUCCAAGAACCAUGACAACCAUGUUGACAACCGCACAUUGGAGGUGGUUCACCCCUCUGGGCCUCUGAAGUCCGCAGAUUUGAAUUUCCAAAUAUUUCCAAUUCUGAUGGAUAGAGCCAAGAACAAGGAUGACAUGAAGAAGUCACUGCAGAAAUUGCUUGAGGUAGGACUGAAAAGUGAACUAGACAACCUUCUGACAUUGGUGGGAGAUGGUCCAAGCCUCCGCAAGUGGGUACACGAGACCAAUCCCAACGAACAACAAAGGCUCAAAGUCGGAAUGGUCAAAUAUGAUACCGGUUUGCCCUUACUUUCUAGCGAGAAACUUAUUAUGCUCCUGGAUGCCGGUUUCGAAACAAACAAACUACAAUAUGCCAUGGACUUGAGUCGAGGUUUGUUUGCAAGCAAAUGCAACGAGCUGAAGCAAAGACUGAAUAUUACUGUUGGAAAAUCGACUUAUGCCUACAUGGUUCCUGACUUCUGGGGCGUUUUGGAGGAAGACGAAGUGUAUAUGGAUUUUUCCACCUUUACAGAUGAUGUAUCUGGAAUUACUGGCGAGAUGCUUCACGGACGAGACCUCUUGGUUACCAGAUCCCCAGCCCAUCUUCCCAGUGAUAUCCAGAAAGUGAGGGCUGUUGCGAAAUUUGAGCUGAUGGGACUGAAAGAUGUUAUCGUUUUUCCCACUAAGGGAAAACCGUCUCUCGCUCAAAAGCUAUCAGGUGGUGAUUAUGAUGGGGACAUUGCUUGGAUCUGCUGGGAGAAAUCCAUUGUGGAUAACUUUGUGAAUGCUCCUGUUCCUCCAAAGCCCGAUUUCGUGAAGGACGGUACCAUCACCAAAGAUGCUACCACAUACCGAGACCUCGUUGAGGGUUUUGAGGACCCAGUAUCGCAUUAUCUGAAGUGCGCGUUUGGCUUCAACAUGCAGCUAAGUAUGCUCGGAAUAUGCACGCACUUCUUGGAAAGAACAACUCUGCUAUAACCAGGGUAGCGUCAAUACAGAGGAAGCGAUACAUGUGAGCUAUCUUCUGGGCGACCUUGUUGACCAAGGCAAGCAAGGUUAUUCCUUUGGCGAAAACGAAUGGAAGCGUCUGAAGACGAAGUUACUCGAUGGGAAGGGAAUUCGAAUGCUCGAGGUUGAGUACAAGAAGGAAGAGCCCCAUCUGAAACCAACAGCCAAACACAUCCUUGACUAUCUGAAGUGGGUGGCUCACGAUAUGGUUGAUACGUCUCUCGUCGAAUUUGAGCGCGACCUACAAUUGAAGGAUAUCGCCACCUUGGACAAAGAUCUAGUGUGGCACUCAGAGUGGGCUGGCGAGGCCUCGAUGCGUUAUAAGGAGUGGCGAACCAUUCUUAUGCAUCUCAACGAGGAUCUCAAACCCAUCAAAGAAUCCUGGGUCAUAACGUGGGGAAAGUUCCAAGAUAAGGAGGACCCUGACUCCGAGGCCCGAUCAGCAAUAAACCGCGAACAUUUCGAGAAAUACACGGCCAUCGUUCCCCAUGACGAAACUCCCUUCACUAACUCCAUUCAGUUUUCCUAUGGGUCGGCAGAUUUGUCAUUCUGGGCUCUCCUUAAAGCCUCUGUGCUUUUUGCCUCCUUUCCAGAAAAACAUCCGAGGAAUUUCGCAUGGCAGAUGGCUGGGAAACAACUCCGCCAUAUAAAGGCACUGCAGAAUUCGGAUGGGGCACCCCAUAGCGUGGUUCCGUUAAUGUACUCAAUUUACAAACGAAAUAAUGGGAUGAUCAAGAAGUUGCAGACUCAGAAUCUCAAUUCGGGGUUGACAGAGAAUGUGGGAGUUGGCAACAUGGAUGAGUUUGAGGAGCUGGCUGACGAUGCAUGA